UCAGUCGCAUCGUCCCUCGUCUGCUCCGUACAUCCACGCCUCUAACUACUUCGGCGCUACGUCUCGCAGCUGUGAACGCUCACCUCCGAUCCUUCCCCACCAUCAUCAGCCCUGCCACAAUCCGCCCCAACACCACGAUGUCAGUUCCCCAAACCAUGAAGGCCGUCCAGGUCGAGAAGCUCGGCGGUCCGGAAGUCCUCGAGUUCAAGCGCAACCACCCGGUGCCGAGUCCCAAGGAGGGUCAGGUGCUGGUCAAGAACAACAUCUCCGGCGUCAACUACAUCGACACGUAUUUCCGCACGGGUCUAUAUCCCUCCGCGAAGCCCGAGAUCCUCGGCCGGGAGGGCGCCGGCACCGUCGUGGCGCUGGGCCCGGGCCCCAACCCGUACGGCUUCCAGGUUGGAGACCGGGUCGCAUGGCUCAGUACCAGCGGCUAUGCGGAAUAUACGGCCGUACCCAUGGCCAAGACGGUCAAGAUCCCCGAGGGGAUCAGCGACGAAGAGGUGAUGGCUGCGUUCCUGAGCGGACUGACCGUCAUCACCCUGGCGAAGGAGACCUACCCCGUCAAGCAGGGCGAGUGGGUGCUGCUGCACGCGGCAGCUGGAGGGGCGGGGACCCUUAUGACUCAGGUGCUCAAGUCGAUCGGCGCGAAGGUGAUCGGUACGGCCGGGGGUCCCGAGAAGUGCGAGCUGGCCAAGAGUCUCGGCGCGGAUGUGGUGAUCGAUUACCGCAGUGAGGAGGGCAAGGACUGGCCCCAGAAGGUGAAGGAGAUCACGGGCGGUCACGGUGUUGAUGUGGUCUUCGACUCCGUUGGUAAGGAUACCUGGGAAGGAAGCCUCGAGGCCGUCAAGCGCAAGGGUACGAUCGUCUGGUUCGGCAACGCCAGUGGCCCCGUGCCUCCUCUGCCUCUACAGAAACUCUCUCCCAAGUGUGUCAAGAUCGCCCGACCCCAACUCUUCGGCUACAUCGAGACUCGGGAGGAGUUUGAAUUCUAUGUCAACGAGCUCUUCUCGCUUCUCCAAUCCAAGAAACUCAAGGCUAGAGUCCACAAGGUCUACCCCUUGGAGGAUGUUGCCGAGGCUCAUCGUGACCUGGAGGGUCGCAAGACCACCGGAAAGCUCCUUCUGAAGCCCUGA